CUGAUUCAAUUCUAGAAGAGAAACGAGAUGUCUGGUUUCUGCCAGGGGUUCAAGAGGACGGCCUCGGGUUCUAUUAAGAAACCUCCGGUCGAAUCUAUUGGAUGGUGUUAUACAAGAUGCAAGGAGGAUACAAGCUAUAGUUUUGCCUGGACUAUAGAAGGAUUCAGGCGCAAGAUGGAUACCUUCACGAACGGGCAGUGCAUAACAUCUAACGAAUUCAAAGUUGUUGUGGAUAGAAAAGAAACUCAAUGGAAGCUGGAAUGUUUCCCCAAUGGGAAGACUAAAGUUGGAGAGGAUACAGUUGGGGCAGUCUCUGUGUUUCUAUAUCCGGUCAACUCUCAUGCUAUAAAUAGAAAUUUUUCCUUCGCCAUUGGUUUUGUGAACGAGGAUAACUCCAGGGUUAUGAAAGGAAAAGGGGAGCAUUGCUUCAGAGAUAAUCAGAACGGUUGGGGUUGGUUAAAGUUGGUUACUCAUCAAACUCUGAAAGGAGAUGGAAGGGAUGGAAGACCUGAAGCGGAGAAACUACUUCCUAAUGACAGUUUAAAUAUUCUCUGUGUGAUGAAGUUUAAGGGAGAAGAUGAUACAACUAGUGGAACAACGAGACCAACCAGUAUAUCUACUACAGUAGAAUGUGAUGAUGAUGAUGUUCUUGAUAAUGACAAUAAAGGUCUCCUCAACCUUUUGGAGACUGGAGAUCUGGCAGAUAUAGAGGUUAAAUGCGGCGUUGAGGUUUUCCAAUGUCACAGUGCUAUUCUUGCUUCUAGAUCUGAUGUGUUCCGAGCCAUGCUCGUGAAUGAUAUGAGAGAGAAAGCAACGAAGCAGAUCAAUUUAGUGGAUAUAGAUCCAGAUAUUUUCAAGGCUUUAUUAAUGUAUAUUUAUGGAGGAAAAAUUACCAAUUUUCACGACCACGACAAAUCUAGCAAAAUACUGAAGGCAGCAGACCAGUAUGGUCUUCUAGGGCUCAAACGAAGAUGCGAGGAAAGCCUGUGUAGUAGUUUGAAUAUACAGAACUGCCUGGAUCACCUGAUAACUGCAGAUUUACAUAAUGCAACCAAACUUAAGAUCCUGGUUAUUAAGUUUGUGGUAGAGAACGCUCAGGAGGUGACAUACCUACCGAACUGGAAGGAGAAACUUAGUCAUUACCCGGAUAUAUUCACAGAAGUUUUCAGUGAGCUAGCGAACUACAAGUCCGGGAAGAAAGCCAAGUCUGAUGAUAUCUCCUGGAGUCAUUAUAAACCUAGUGAUACAGAACUAGAUUUUAGGGCCCCCUCGAACAUAAAAACAAGCGUGCACAAUUUCAAAUCCAACUUUUAAAAAGAUUAUAUAGAUUUAUAUGGCUUUUAGUAUUCAAUGCAACAUUUCACAAAACAAAAAUUAAACAAAAAUAUUUUUUCUUAAAUUUUUUUUUAAUGACGUUUUACGAUUUCAUUUCAAGAUGUGAAAUCAUCUAGACGGACUUGAUAAGUUGAUAAUGCCUCCGAAGACGCUGAUCUUUGUACAGUACGUACAAUGUACAAUGUACAUACGGUGUAAUUUUGUUAACAAUAUACCAUGGUUUGUCAGAUUUUUAUGUAACUUGUAAAUUUAGGAUAAGAAAAAUAUUAUGAGUUGCUAUCUUGAAAAUUUCAAAUUUAUAAUUGGCAACUUUUUUUUAAUAAAUUGUCAAUAGAUCAGUUCAGAUCAGCUCUACUAGUCAGUUCAAUUCUUCUCAAUGAAAAAAAAAGUUAUUUCUAAUUUAUUAAGUUAAGAUUUAAGAAGGUUCAUUUAAAACCAUAGUAGAAGCUAACAAUUAAUGAGUUCGAGUGCAUAUUACGAAUCAAAGAAUUAUCUUUUCGUAAAAAAUAUAAUUUCUCUAGUAUUAUGUUAUUUUUAUACCAUUCAACGCUAUUUUCUACUUUACAAAAUAAAUGUUUUUGUCGCCAAUCAA